AGUCACUGUAAACUUUUCUUCCACAAUAAAAAGAGCGUGUAUCGUAACAAUAUCUUCAUCUAACACAAAACAAAGCUCGAAGUAAGCAAAAUGUCCAUCAAGCUCUGUUGGGUCUUUGCUGCCCUUGGAUUGAUUUGUUUGUUGCAAAUCUCACCAAGCGAGGCUACGCCUUCGCACUCACAGCAACUGCUUUCCUACUUCAAGCGCAUGAAGCUGGACAAGACGAAGAACCGAGUCUACCUGGACGAUGUGGAGUAUGGUCUUCGAACGAAUCUGCGCAGACCUCUUCUGCAGAAGGCGCUGUUUUUGCCCAAAGGCACAAAGUUUUCGUCCGAUUGCUUAAACCGGAUGGCCGAUAAAGCAAGACAGCACGAGAAUAAGUUUUACGCUCAAUUCACAUACGCCUGCAAGAAAAAUGCCGAAUAUUCGUCCGAUUGUUUAGACACGGGGCGACCUGAGUACUAUCGCGAUCUGAAAAAACUUGCCAAAGCAACGGAGCAGUGUUGGAAAAUGUGA